ACAGGAGGAGAGAAAGACUCAAUAAAUCAGCUAGACACGAAGAUGGAAAACUCGAUACCAGGUCAAAAUACUAACCACCGAUCAGAAAGCUGAAAACACACAGCUCGGCGGACACCCAGGAUGGCCAACCCGCACGUCCUGGUGAUUCCUUUUCCUGUGCAAGGGCACGUAAUUCCCUUGAUGGAGCUUGCACAAUGCUUAGUCGAGCAUGGCUUCAUGAUCACAUUCGUCAAUACUGAAGUCACUCACGAGCGGGUUCUCGAUGCAUUGGCAGAUAAAGGUUUAUUGGAUGAUCGUAUUCGUUUGGUUGCGAUCCCCGAUGGGCUGGAAUCAGCGGAGGAAAGGAAGAUCCCUGGGAAGUUAGCCGAGGCCAUCUACAGAGUCAUGCCCGGGAAACUUGAGGAGUUGAUAAGAGAGAUCAAUGCAUCAGAGGAGGAGCCAAUUACUUGUGUCAUUGCAGAUCAGGGUCUUGGGUGGGCCCUGGAAGUUGCGGGGAAGAUGGGAAUCAGGCGAGCGGCCUUCUUGACAGCAGCAGCUGCUUCCUUGGUCUUGGGAUUUAGAAUUCCUUGCCUCAUUGAUGAUGGGAUAAUAGACCACGAUGGAACUCCGAUAAAGAAGCAGACGCUGCAGCUUGCACCAACCAUGCCUUUGAUGAAUACAUCAGACUUUGUUUGGGCACGCGUAGCGAACUUGGCUUUGCAGAAAAUCAUUUUUGGAGCCAUGGUGCAAAACAACAGACUUGUGAAGUUGGCGGACUGGCUGGUUUGUAACUCAACUUAUGACCUUGAGCCUGGAGCAUUCGACUUGGCUCCAGAGAUUAAGCCCAUUGGCCCGCUCCUAGCAAGCAACCGCCUGGGGAAUUCAGCAGGGAACUUCUGGAUGGAGGACUCAACCUGUCUGGAAUGGCUCGAUAAGCAACCACCUGGCUCAGUGAUCUAUGUCGCAUUUGGCAGCUUUGCAACAUUUAGCAAACCUCAGUUCGAGGAAUUAGCUCUAGGCCUUGAACUCACUAACAGGCCAUUCCUGUGGGUUCUGAGACAAGAUACGAAAGAUGGGACCAAUGCAACUUAUGUAGAAGGAUUUCAACCCAAAACAGCAACUCAAGGUCAAAUAGUGAGCUGGGCACCGCAGCAAAAGGUUCUGAGUCAUCCUGCUAUUGCUUGCUUUUUGAGUCAUUGUGGUUGGAACUCCACAGUGGAAAGCGUAAGCAAUGGAGUUCCCAUGUUAUGCUGGCCUUACUUUGCUGACCAGUUCUUUAACCAGAGCUAUAUAUGUGAUAUUUGGAAGGUUGGGCUAGGAUUCAAACGAGACGCAAGUGGGGCAAUCGCACAUGGCGAAAUAAAGAACAAGGUGGAUGAACUGCUAGGUACAAUGACGUUCAAGGAGAGAGCUUUGCAUCUCAAGGAAAGACUGAUGAAUAACAUUGGAGAAGGAGGAAGCUCCCACGAGAAUUUCACCAAUUUUGUUGAUUGGAUGAAAACACAGAAGAGCUCUUGACAUAUCCAAGUCACAAUAUAGUUUUCGGAAUAAUGCCCUCAAAGAUUGAUGAUUUCAACAAUCCUCUGUGUAUCGAAUCGCAAAAAGUACUGGAAGACGUAUUUUCUCGAAGCAGUUAAAAUUUAGAAUCUUGUUACGACAAAUGUCGCCAAACAUAUGAACCAAUAACACCUGUGUUUUGCAUUAUGAGUGUCCAAGUAACAAAAUGUCAUUUGAUUACUACGACAGAAACAUGCACUAGGUCUUGAACUCACCAAUAUGCCGUUCCUCUGGGUUGUAAGGCAAGAUAUAAACAAUGUGACAGGCAUUGCACAGACAGAAUACAGGGAAGAGGGCCGCUAGUUGGUUGGGCACCUCGACAAAAGGUCUCGAGUCAUCCUUCUGUGGCUUGCUUCCUAAGCCACUGUGGUUGGAAUUCUGCCAUUGAGGGCGUUAGCAAUGGUCUUCCAUUCCUUUGCUGGCCUUACUUUGCAGACCAAUUCCUUAACCAGAGCUACAUCUGUGAUGCAUGGAAGCUUGGAGGACGACUCAACCGAGAUGAAAAUGGAAUUGUUGGACGAGAAGAAAUAAAGAAUAAGGUCGAGCUGCUUCUAACUGAUCAAGGAUUCAAAGCAAGGGCGGCCCUGGAUUUAAAAGCAAAGGCGAUGAAUAAUACUGCUGCAGAAAGCGGACGCUCUGGAAAGAAUUUCAACAAUUUUGUCAAGUGGGUUAAGGAUGAAAGGAAUGAUUCCUGCUCUCAAGAGGCCUGACAGCCACUUGUGAAACCAGUUUUACUGGAAAAUUUUAGGAUAAAUAUGUCCAUCUAGGACAAGAUAGCAAACUGCUGGCUCAAAUCAUUAUCAUAAUUAUACCAAGAAUAAUUGGAUGGAUUGCCUAAUAGGGCAAGAGUCACAAUACUUAGUGGCCAACACUAGUUGCAACAGUCUUUUUACGUUUUUUAGGGAGUAAUGGUGAUCUGUCCUUCUGUAUCUCAUUACCUCAGGAACCAAAGUUUUUGUGAAAAGUAAUCCUUCUUAUAGAGAGA